AGAACCCUAACAGUCUCUUUUCCCGUCGUGCUAGUCGGAGCUUCUGUUCGUCGACGGCCGCCUCCGGCGAGAAGGCCUAUCCAGGAUACUCAUCUCUGGCAGUUUCUUCGAAUUCCUCGUCCGUAUAUUUACUAAUAUUGCGGGAAACUCAAUUGGGAUUCUUCUCCUCUCUGUAUCAGACUCAGAAGCGGGAUGCAAUCGACCGAAUCACCAGCCUCCAUGGAGGUGGAGGCGGCAGGAACGGCCGCCGCGCUGCCGCCGAAGCCUCAGUUCGAGCCGCUGAAGCCGCAUGAGAUGUCCGACGGGAGGGUCCAGUUCAGGAAGGUCUCGGUCCCGCCGCACCGGUACUCGCCGCUGAAGAAGGCGUGGAUGGAAAUCUACAUGCCGGUAUACGAGCAGAUGAAGAUCGACAUCCGCAUGAACCUCAAAGCGCGGAAGGUGGAGCUGAAGACGAGGUCGGACACCCCCGACGUCGGCAACCUCCAGAAGUGUGCCGAUUUCGUGCACGCCUUCAUGCUCGGGUUCGACGUCGUGGACGCCGUCGCGCUCCUCCGCCUCGAUGAGCUCUAUGUCGAGUCCUUUGAGAUCAAGGACGUGAAGACCCUGCGGGGUGAGCACCUGUCCCGGGCAAUUGGGCGGCUGUCGGGCAAGGGAGGCAAAACGAAGUUCGCUAUUGAGAACGCGACCAAGACCAGGAUCGUGAUCGCGGAUACGAAGAUUCACAUACUCGGGUCGUUUGCAAACAUUAAGGUUGCAAGGGAUUCGCUCUGCAGCUUGAUCCUGGGAUCGCCGGCUGGGAAGGUUUACUCUAAGCUCAGAGCUGUCACUGCUAGACUCGCAGAGAGAUUUUGAUUCCGAUGAUCCUCGCUUUGUAUCGUCUUACAUUCGCGAAUUAAGCUCGAUACAUCCAUUUUUGGCCUCGGAGUUGUAUAAUGAUAUUUUCGUAUGACUGACGAAUUUACUUAUAUAGCGCAAAGAAAAUGGUUGUGGUUCUGUUGCGUUUAUGGGUGUUCGUCUCAUUCCUAUGGUAUGUUGAUUGAUCGAUAUCGCAUCGCAUUAGUCGGGAUUGGUUUC